AUGUUUGCUCGUUUGAUAUCAAGAAUAGCAAUGCCUGUUUUGAGAAGUUAGAGAAUUUAAUUUGGUCCAGCUUUGACAAUCUUGAACAAUAGAUUAAUAAUUUAUAAUCUGACUUAAGUUAGAAUUCCUGUAAUGGAUGAGUUAACAGAAUCAGAAUAAGAUGAAGAAUUACAGGAUAGCGUCAGUUUAACAUCUGCAUGAUUCUUAUGAAAAUAUUCAAAUCAUUAUUAUAUUAUAUUUUACCCGUCAUACACAUCAA